UAGCUUAUCUGGCCGCACCUGUACGAAUGAUGAGUACAGUAGGGAAUUGGUAGAUACUGUUUGUGAAUUUGUACUAAUACGGAUUGUUAAAGAGAAAUAAUGUCUAGGCCUGAUAUUGGGAAGGUUGAUGACUUAGCAACUCUUCCGAAUCUUGAUGAAAAAAUCCUGCUUGAAGAGCUAAAAUGCCGCUACGAUCAAGACAAAAUAUAUACAUAUGUUGGAGAUAUUUUGGUGGCGGUGAACCCUUUUCGUGACAUUGGAAUUUACAGCAAAGAGUUUUCAGAAAAAUACAAGUAUCAAAAACGUACAUCAAAUGCACCUCAUAUAUUUGCCGUAUCUGAUGCGGCAUACCAAGCUAUGCAGACGGGGAGUUCAGUUGGGGGAAAAAGGAACCAAUGCAUUGUCAUCAGUGGUGAAAGUGGAGCAGGAAAAACUGAAAGCACAAAACUAAUCAUCAAACAGUUGAUUGACAUCUGUCAUGGAAAAUCUCAACUUGAGCAACAAAUUCUACAGGUGAAUCCACUUCUGGAGGCAUUUGGCAAUGCACAAACUGUGAUGAAUGAUAACUCAAGUAGAUUUGGAAAGUACAUACAGCUAAAAUUUAUGGAUGGUGCUGUAAUGGGAGCAAAAAUUUCUGAGUAUCUGCUUGAGAAGUCGCGUGUGAUUGGUCAGAAUCCUGAAGAAGAAAAUUUCCAUAUCUUCUAUUAUAUGUUUGCUGGUUUAAGUACAGAAGAUUUUCAAAAAUAUAAACUGAAAAGUGCGGAAACAUACAAAUAUUUAACAAAUGGCCCUGGACGAGUUCAAUCAAAAUCAACAGAAACUAAGAAAUUAUUUGCUGAAUUGAACAAUGCGAUGGAUCUUGUUGGUUUUAUGGAUGAUGAGAAAGAGGACAUGUUUACAAUCUUGGCUGCUGUUCUGGCAUUUGGUCAGAUUGAGUUUGAUGUAAAUGACAACGAUGCGGCAUUUGUUAAGAAUCCUCAGGCAGUGCAAGUUGUUUGUGAUUUGCUUGGGAUGAACAAGGAUGAAUUAAUUGGCAUCCUAACUUACGCUAAAAGUUCUGCUCAUGGUGAAGUCUUCCAACGCAACUACACUGCAGAACAAGCACGCGACUCCAGGGAUGCAAUGACCAAAGCGCUGUACGGUCGUCUCUUUAGCUGGAUUGUGAACAAAGUUAACCAACUCCUAGCCCCUGAGGAUGAUCUAGAUACUAGCAAGGGCACUGAAAUUGGUAUUUUGGAUAUAUUUGGAUUUGAACAUCUGCAUACUAACAGCUUUGAGCAAGCGUGCAUUAAUCUAGCAAAUGAGCAACUGCAGUUCUUUUUCAACAGGCACAUCUUCCUUCUUGAACAAGAGGAGUACAAGAAUGAAGGUGUUGAUUGGAAGAGUAUACCAUUUGUCAACAAUCAACCUCUGCUUGAUCUUUUUUUGGCAAAACCUAUUGGAAUAUUUGCUCUUUUGGAUGAAGAGAGCCAUUUUCCAAAGGCAACUGAUCAUUCAUUUGUUGAGAAGAUGGGUCAAAAUUUUGCUAAAAACCACCACUAUAUAAAGGCUAAAGUGGCAUCCAGUAACAACUUCAGCAUUGACCAUUACGCAGGAAGGGUGGAAUAUGAUGCAAACAAUUUCCUGGAGAAGAAUCGAGACUCAUUACCGAAUGGAACAAUGCAGGUGUUCCAAGGGGCGGAGAACCAGCUGCUUGGCAUCAUCUUCAAGGCCACAAUAUCACGCACAGGCACACUAGCAUUACAGCGACGAAGCAGUAAAAAGUCGGCAAUGAAGUCGAGAAAACGAAGGAGAACACCAAAAAUUAUGAAAGCAGCUGCAUCAAAGAAAAAGCUGACAGUCUGUGCCCAAUUCAAGAAUUCACUUUCCGUAUUAAUGGAGAGACUUGAUCUUUCGAAUCCACACUUCAUUCGAUGCGUAAAACCAAACACUGCAAAAACCUCUCGUCAAUUUGAUGGCAGGUUUGUGACGGCACAGCUUCGAUACACCGGUAUGCUUGAGACGACUAGGAUUAGGAAGCUGGGCUACGCAGUGCGACCUCUCUUUGAAGAUUUUGUCAAAAGAUACCGUAUCUUGGCGUUGAGCCCAAAGUUGGUAACAGACAACCGUGGCGUUGUGAAGAUCUUAACUGACAUGAAAUUGACGGAUUGGCAGAUUGGGAAAACCAAAGUCUUUUUGAAGUAUUACCAUCAAGAAAAGUUAGAAGCAAAGAUGAUAGAGAUGGGAAAGUCUGCCAUACAAAUGCAGAAGAUUGUGCGCGGGUUCUUGGUGCGUGUCAAAUUCCGACGUAUGUUAGAAGUUGCACGUCGGGAAGCAAGAGAAGCAAAGGAGUUCUUGGAAAAGAUGAAACAAAUGGCGUUAGUGAAUCAUCAGACGCAGUUGAAACUAGUGGAGCAUGACAAAGAUAUUCCAGCUGAUUAUUUUGAUGAGAAGAAUGAACCUGCUAUUCAAAUAGAUGAGGCUCCACCACCACCACCACCUCCUGCUGUGCAGUUUGCCCCUGAAGCCACCCCCCUUGAAGAUGUACAAGAAGAGGCUCAUGAAUCUGGUGGAGAAACAGAUCAGGAAGAUAUUUUAGAAGAUGAAUUUGUUCGCACAAAAGAUAUUGGAAAGUUUGGCGCGAAAGGAUCAAGGGCUGCCUCCGUUCGUUGGUUUCAGCAAACACAAACAGAUCAAGUACGGCAGACCUCGGACGGACAGUUUGCCCCUUGGUUUCACGGCAUUAUCACUAGAAGAGAGUCUGAGCGCUUAUUACAGAAUAGAGCAAUUGGUUGUUUCUUGAUACGUGUCAGUGAGAGUCGCUUUGGCUAUUCCUUGUCAAUGAAGACACCAUCGAAAAUAAAGCAUUUUAUGAUUGACCAAUUACGUAAUGGGAAAUAUGUUGUUGUCGGUGAACUUCCAGUAUUCAGAACACUUAAUGAGAUGGUGAUUUAUUACCACAAGAACCCUGUAUCACCAUUUGGAGAUUUUUUAACUGAACCAUGUGGACAGGAAACUGAUGACUUUGAUUAUGCUGAACUGAUGAUUGAAUCAGACGAAUACCAGGGGAUUGAUUCAAUUGCUGAAAGCCAAUCAUCCCAAGAUGGUUACCUAUCCCCAUCCAAGGUCAGCGGUGUUGAAUCAAGUGGGAUGAGAAGAACACAGAACCGUCUAACGUCCAAGCCGAGGACGGAAGAAUCUAGGGAAAAUGCUGUAAGUCGAGCGUCCUACGUUAGUCUUAUUGGGGAUCAGGAACCAUCAUCUGUAGCACCAAGUAAAAAUGCACCACCAUCUGUAGCAGUAAAGAGAGAAAAAGAGGCUGUGGAUAAAAAGGAUAAAAGAACCUCUAUCGCUGGCAGUAUUCGAUCAUUCUUUUCUAAGAAAUAAAUUUUGUCGCAAAUAUGAAGCUAAGGAUCGACUGGCUAACUCACUCAAGACACAGUAACUAUAUAAAGCGUUAUGAGAAUUAAAGCACAUUGGCUGCUUAUGUGCAUACAGGCUCCAAAUAAUCAGCAUUGCUAGUUGUCUUUGCUAGUGACAUCUGAACCUCCACCUCAAAAUGCAGCUCCUUUUGAAGUAAAAACAACUAAAGUAGGUUGGUUCUUGAAACUUGGCUAUAACAACAAAUAUAUUUUUGAAUCAUUCAGUGUAAAGUGAUUUUAAACAUUUGGUUUAAUAUUAGUGAAAAUAUGAAAAAAAUAUAAAUAGUGAUAAAAAAAUGAAUUUCUAAAGCUGUAGUUUUUUAUUUCAUUUUCAGUUCAGGCAUAUACUUAUUUAAUAAAGGCAAUAAUAUCUCCAUUUCAUUUACACUGAGGUGUACAUGAUUAAGUGCAAAUAUCAAAUUUAUCACAAUUUUUAUGUCUCUUGCAGCAAGCCCACUUUGCAGUGUGUGGGUCACAUAAUUUAAAAUAAUAACACUAUUCAGCAUUACUGAUAUGAUGUACAGUGUGAUUGAUUGCGUCUCAGCCAUUUCAAUAUUUUACUGCAUGAUAUGUAUAUGACUUUCAGUUUAUAAAUAUUUAAGUAUUUAAUAUUUUAUAAAUUGUUGAAUAUGAAUAAAUAGAACGAAAUAUUAUCAUUAUUAGGUAGUAUAGAUUAUACAACCUUUUAUAUUUUGGUGGACAGGAUUUUUAAAUAGAUAUAUUUUAUGUAUAAGUCUAUAACAAAAUGUUUAUCUUAUUUUAGGCAAGACUUUUUUUAUUCCUUGUUUCGCUUACUUAUUUUUUAAACAUUAUCCAAGGAGGGCGAAAUAAAAAU